AUGCGAGAUGCGUACUCAGCCGCGAUCCUCAACGCCAUCGGUAGCGUCCCAGCGAUCUCUAUCAUCAAGUACACAAGGAGUCAAAUCAGUGGUAGUGACCCUCUUAGAGACAUUGAAAGCACGCCAACACGGAGCGUUGCCCAGGAUGAUCCGAGGCCAUUCCUUCAAUCAGUGUUGUCCGUAUUAAUGGGUGUGGACAACGCAAUUGUUUUGAAUUUGGACAUCCGGAUCUCAUAUGGCUGCUGCGCUACUCUGUCCCUCAUCGUGAUGGUCCGAGUGGAAUUACUGGGUGUCUAUUCAAGCCGCAUCAGUACAUGUCACUUUGAUAAGGAGCUUGUGAAUGCCAUGACGGAACAGUUUCCUCUCGUUAAGUUCGUCGGAUGCCAUUCCAUUGGAAGCAAGCUCUUCGAUGCUGAGUGA